GACAGCGGCGUGGUUAGGUGACUCCGCGGCGAUCAACUUGUACUCAGUGAGUCUGCGGUGGUUGUCCCCGGCGGUGGUUGUCGUGAGUGUUUGUGUUACGCGUAAUACAUGUGCGCCGGCUCGCCAUGUAACGUGGUCCGGUUCUCUAAUCGUGAUUUUCGUUGACGAUAAAAAUAAGUAAAACCCAAUGGUGUGGUUAAAAAUAGUCAAGUAUUUAAUAUUAGAGUUAUAUCAUAAUAAUUGAACAAUGACUGUUUGUUUUUUUCCGAGUCUAUUAAUUGUUAAUUGCUGUGUUGAGUUAUGAUGUUAUAAGUGAUAUUUGAUUAAUAUAUUUAUAUCAAAUUUUCGGAAUGUUGGUUUAAAUUUUUUUUAGUGCUAAACAAUUUUCAAUUAAUCUACACUGUUAAAUCACAUCAUAAAGUGGUGUACUAACACCGUACCAGCCAUUUUAGAGAUAAGCUACUGUUAAAAAAUGAUUAAACAAAUUGAAGAUUAAAAAAAGAUAAUGGAAAUAGUGGAAGCGAUCAUACUUCACCUAUUGUUGAUUAUUACCGAAAAGUUUUCUUUUUGCUCUUCUAAGUGGUUUGCCGCCUGACCACGUCUAAGAUAAAUGUAACGGUUGGCGGCCUCGGUGUAUUGGCCAACAUAUGGCAUUGUUCACAAAAGAACCAGUCAUGUGACCACCGAUGGCCGCCGAUUAUAGCCGCCAAACGACAAGUUAUGGAUAAAAGUCAAAAAAAUAUUAUCAACCCAAAAUCCAAAGUAUUUUGGCUAGGUGUAAUAUGGUUAUUACUAGUAACAUCCACCGAGAUCGUGAUAGCCCAACAAAACUCACCCACAUGCGGCACCCCGAUAGACAAACCGUUGACGGCAUCCAAAGGUGUUAUUACUACACCAAAUUUUCCUGGACCAUUUACAGUACCCAUAGAUUGCCAGUGGGUGAUAUACAUAGAGAGUAAUCAGGAGAACAACACCAUGACCGAGUUAUAUCUCACACAGUUUUAUGUCCUCGAGGGGUUUACCGUAACCGAGUACGUUAUGUAUCCAUUACCAGAUUACGAUGUUCCAGGACAAACCAAACGAGAAGUGUUCAACAAGACGCACAUGGGUCAAUACGUAGUUUCUUUGUUAUCUACCCAGCAGUAUCUUGUCAUCAAGUUCAAGUUGGACCGUUUAGAAGGCAAUCACGUCAGAGUGUACAAUGAUCUGAUGGAUGUGUACGGGUUUAACAUUACUUACGAAGUUCGACAAUUCAACAAAGAAAGGAAUGAUGUUUGUAGUCUUCUAUCCUGUUCAUAUGCUGGUAUAUGCUUAGGCAACGAAGAUCUCUCGUCUUAUUCAUGUUCAUGCUUUCCUGGAUUUUUUGGGAGUAACUGUGGAUAUGGCCCUGGUUGUAAUCCUGAAAAUGAUAAAGAAUCUUGUGAAAAUGGUGGCGUAUGCAGACAUGCUGGUCGGUCAAUUGAGAUUUGUAACUGUCCUCCUGGAUUUAUCGGAGGACAAUGUGAGAUACCCGUUGUCAAUUUCACUUCAAUAUGUGGUUCAUCCGGUAAUUGUAUAAAACAGUGCACUGUUCCAGAAGAUAAUCCUAAUAAAAGUAGUGGUCCUUGUCCUUGUAACGUGUUCAGAAAUGUUUCUGUACCGAUUGAUAACCGGUAUCAAUUUACUUUAAAAUUGGACGAUAUGGCAGCUUUUGAAAGUAAAACCGAUAUCAGAAACUUUUUGAGUGACAAAUUAAAAAAAUACUUUAAGAAGCAUUCAAAAACAAUUUGUUCUUCACACGAAGAUUGUGAUUUAAGAAUAUUAUCUUUCAUGCCAGUGUCUGGUGAAGCUACUUUUGAAUUAUAUUACCGGAAGACAGGCUUCAAACAUUUACAGGAAAUAUUAAGUAACAUUAAUUCUACAGGAUAUUUACCAGCUCAUAAACCUGUACCAUUGAUAAACAAUUCUUUGUUACUUCAAUCUGAACCAAUGCUUUGGAUAAGUAAAAUGAACUCAAAUGUUUAUAAAGACACUUUGAGAGUGGGUGAGCUUUUAAUGGUAUCUUGUAUUGCACAAGGUUCUUCUGCUAUUCAAUAUAAAUGGUAUAAAGAUGGUUAUCUAGUAAAUACCUCAAUAGCUUCAACAAGAUCAAUUUGGACUAAAGUAAUAAAAAAUGAUAAAACUGAAAAAAACUUUAUUCUUGUGAUUGAACAUGUUGACCCUAGCGAUUUUGGAAUGUAUACUUGUGAACUGACUGAUCGUGGUCGUCAGCAAUGUAAGUCAAUCAUCAUAUCAAUACCUCCUUUACCAGAAGUAGUCGUGAAACCUUCAAUUACAGUUCAAAAAGGCGAUAGUGUAGCAAUAGUAUGUGUUUCAAGAAAUGAAUAUACGAAGUUUGGUUAUACUUGGUCCUAUAAUAAUAAUUUGGUACCUAUGUCACCACCAGACCUUUACUGGGAAGACUUACAUCGUGGUGGUAUUAUACUUCAUGUUAAAAAUAUUCAGAGAUCAGAAAGAUAUACUUGCGAAGUUACAUGCCCAGCAGGAAAUAAAAAAGAGCAUACUGAUAUUUUUGUACUUAAUACUACUACUACAGCAUUUUGUGAUCCUGAUGGUGUUUGGCCAUUGACUAUGGCAGGCACAUUGGCGUCAAUUGAUUGUCCAAAAAGAUUGAUGAACUAUGCUACUCGAUACUGUGAACUAAAAGCACCUAAUUACACUGAAUGGCAUGCAGCAAAUUAUUCAGCAUGUGUCCCACAUUACCUACGAAAAGUAACUCAAAAUUUUCAUGUCAGAACAUUGGGUUUUGAACGAGAGUCUACAGCUGCUAAGACGUUAAAUUCUUUGAAAUAUCACAUGCAAAAGACCGAUGAAUGGUACCCAGGCGAAGGGGAAUCUAUAGUCGAGUUCUUAUCAUCAGUUACCAAUUUUCUCCAAAAUUCAAAUCAGUUAGAAGAUUUAGACGAAGCAACGAGUAGUUUUAAUAACAUAUUAGAUGUUUUACUUAAAAAUAAAUCAAUUAUUACUAAAGAAAAAAUUGAACAAAUCAUAAAAAUGAUUGAAAAGUGGGUGUUAUUGAGAGCAUUUUAUUUAGUAAAGCAGAAAAACAAACAGCGGUUGAGUUUUAAUAUAGAUGAAAUUUUUAUUGAUUCUGCUUCAGAGAUUGUUAAGAAAUUACCCGGCAAAAAUUUAACUUUCGAUUUUUUCAAUGAUGAUGAUAGUAUGUUGACUACGCAACCACCAAAAGUUACUGUAUCCAUUUACGAUAUUGACAUUGAUAAAUGCAUUAACAAAUCAUUCAACGUGGGUGUUAUAAUAUACAACAGCUUACCAGAGUUUUUUGAACUGAAUUAUGAUAUGACCAUAAUUAGUGGUUCUACAGACUUUAUGAGCUUGAAAACACCAUUGGUAACAGUUAGUGUAGCGCGUGACGGUCAACGAAUACGUUCAAACUUUUUACCUCCAAUCGAAACGAUAAUCGAUUUUAAUCUUAAUCUGCCGGACAUCAAUGGUACAUGGAAUUUAACUUGUACUGUCACGGAUUUUGUGGGCAACACUUGGAAUACGACUGCUUGUAAGAUAAUCACUGGUGUUGGUUCACUUAGAAACGUCACUCGAUGCCAAUGUCCUUCGGCUGGUGUGUUUGCCGUGUACACUGCAAUCAUGCCACGGGUUCUACAGCUCACACAAACAACAAAAGAUAAUUUAAUUGUGAUACUUGGAUGCGUUUGUUGCCUUAUUCUAUCUGUUUUGACAUUUAUACUAUUGGCUAUACGAUGGGCUAAUGAGCAAACAUGCAUUUUAUACCUAAAAAUUCAAUUAUGUUUAGCUAUUGCUACUCAAAUGUGCACGUUUCUAUUGGCGAUUAAAAUUAAUGAUUAUGCGUAUUUCUCAUUAUGUUUGCAAAUAGUGACAAUAAUUGAAGCCACUUCACAUUUAAGUCAAGUGCUAAUCGUGUACACAGAAAUUAUCAGCUUCCCUAGUUUUCCUACUAUAAAAUUAUCCAUUAUUGGUGUGGCAACAGCUGCUCCGAUAUUGUUUGUUUUGAGUAUUAUGCUAAGUCUAAACAUUGUUGGUGUCAACCCUAUUCGACCGUGGAUAAAUACUUCAGCAUUUUUAUACAUAUAUUUUGUACUUUUUAUACUUCUUUUGCUCAUGUAUGUAUCUGUCCUGGUCAUUUCCAUAUCCAAGAUCAAUUUCAUCAAAGAAAAAUUACAUAGAAAUACGCCGUGUUGUUUGAAUGAGUGGAUUGGACUUAUUAAGAGAUCCAUAGUCAUUUUGUUAAUGGUUAUUAUCACUACCAUGCUCAGUAUUCUAUACUUUUUAUACUCAGAAGAAUUAUUCAAGCAUUCAUUUAGUAUUUCUUGUGCUUUAAAAGGAUUUGUAGUUCUCGUAUGUUAUGUAUUUCACACUGAAGAAUCAUUUAACUUAAUAUCAGUUUAUUUGUUGAAAUCCACAAACAAUCGAUUGUCCGGAGACAUUCAUUUGGAUGUCAAUGGAAGUCCUUCGAAUGAUUUAUCUAAAAACGCUGUUGACUGUGAAAUUAAUAAUAAGUCAACAAAGUGUGAUAUCAUAGAGAUUUCUGAUAAUCCUACAGAUUACUUUACGGCGCAAGAACAACCUACUUCAGUUAUCAGUAACUUGACCAGUUCGUUAAAAAGAGCAUCCGGACAAAAUUUAGAAUCCAAAACGAAAUCUGUUACGUUUCUGCAUGAUUUAGUCACUGGAUGCCAAGAAAAGCCUUUCAAUAACAACAAUACGUUAGUUGACGAUGAUAAAUGCUUAUCAUAUAAAAAUAGUAGCCGAGCGCCGUUACUUGAAACGACAAAAGCGGAAGUGGUCCACGCUUACGGCGACUGUGACUUGCCUGAACUUUGUAGCAACAGUUCUGAACCAGAGGAACAGCGCUGGCAAGUGGUGCAGACCGGCUUUGAUGUUGCUGCCAAUGUCGAUACGGCCAUUAGGUGUGUAGUACAACCACCGCCAGAUAUGAUGGCCACACACGUGUGUGUUGAAGUCGAACUAGUUAAGUCGUCGGCUGCGGUCAACAAUGAUUUACAAUUGUCGGUGCCCACGGUAGUAGUAUGCAGUGUAGAUGUAGAGCCCUGCAGAGUGACUCCGUCGCAGGUCUUAUCACCAGACGACAAAUUGAAGUCGAUACAGUGUGAAAACUGGGAAGCCAUCGAGGAGCAUGUCGACCAGCAAGAUGACACAUUUGACAGAAUAACUCAGGAUUUGGACUAUCUGUUGAAUCGAAAAAAUAACUUUACCGACAAUUCACCUUACGUUUGCAUGUCACCUUCUUCACUGUCCAGUAACCACCAGCGGAAGAAUAAUAUCAAUCAACAGUCUAAAGAUGAAAUUGGUGUUACUGUACAAAAACAAACCAAUGAGAAUUCUUUGAAUUACAAUGGAAAUAUCUAAAGUUUUUCUGCGCCACUUAUUGAAUUUAUUAAGUUUAUUAAUUAAAAUUUAUUUUAUACAUAAAUAUAUUUUUGAAUUUUUAAUGUUCCUAAUUUAAUAUUUUAACGUUUCGUGUUCAUUUUAAUAUGUUUAAUUUACAAUUGAGUUAAAAAAACACGUUAUUUAAUCAAUAUAUUUUUAAGUCCACUGAAAAUUCUUAAAAAGAUUCUUUUUUAAGAAACAUAAUUAUAGAUUAAGUUUUCUAUUGGUAAAUUAUGAAUAAUUAUUAUUUAUGCUCAUUUUUUUUUAAGGAGAUACACUUUAGUGGUUUAAGGAGAGAAAGACUCUCGUAUUAAUAGUAUUUAUGUUGAAAUUGUAAAUAAGUACCAGUUCAUAUCUAAUAUCAAUUGUGGCUUACUGGUCUAUUAACAUAAUUACAUUAUUUUUUUAAUUAUUUGGUUUCGUAAACAUGAAAAUUACACGAAACAGUAUUAUUUAAAAUAUUUAUAGUUAUAUUUUUUGAAAAGACAAUAAAUUUAUUAACUUUUAUUAA